GUUUGUUUAUUUAUUCUUAGAUUUUCAAAAUAAUGUUAUAUCAACAAAGAACUGUCUAACACUUCACAUAUUCUCCACUACUACAUCUUUUGCUUGCCUCUCCCCACUCCCUCUCUCCAUAUAUAUAAAUAUAUAUUUACCUGGUGGUGUAGUUUUACAAAUGUUUUUUUGAUGGAUAGUUAUAGUAAUGGCUUUUCUUCUCCAAGAGCUGAGGCCUUUCCUGCUGGUCUUCGUGUUCUUGUUGUGGAUGAUGAUCCAACUUGGUUGAAAAUCCUCGAGAAGAUGCUCAAGAAGUGUUCUUAUGAAGUGACUACCUGUUGCCUUGCAAGAGAAGCCCUGGAUUUACUUCGUGAAAGAAAAGAUGGUUUUGACAUUGUUAUCAGUGAUGUUAACAUGCCGGACAUGGAUGGUUUUAAGCUACUUGAGCAUGUUGGACUUGAGAUGGAUCUUCCUGUCAUAAUGAUGUCAGUUGAUGGGGAAACUAGCAGGGUUAUGAAAGGUGUUCAGCAUGGAGCAUGCGACUAUCUUCUGAAGCCUAUCAGAAUGAAAGAACUCAAGAAUAUCUGGCAACAUGUUUUCCGAAAGAAGAUUCAUGAGGUGAGAGAUAUUGAAGGUCUUGAAUCAGGCAUUGAGGAAUUCCAAAUGAUGAGAAAUGGAAUAUCAGACCAGUCUGAUGAUGGAUUUUCGUUUUGUGGAGGUGAUCUGAAUUCAGGAAGGAAAAGAAAAGACUUUGAUAACAAGCACGAUGAUAAAAACUUUGGUGAUCCUUCUGCUGGGAAGAGAACUAGAGUAGUUUGGACUGUCGAUCUUCAUCAGAAGUUUGUCAAGGCCGUGAACUACAUGGGAUUUGACAAAGUUGGCCCCAAGAAAAUACUCGAGUUGAUGAAUGUGCCCUGGUUGACACGAGAAAAUGUUGCUAGCCACUUGCAGAAGUACCGGUUAUAUUUGAGCCGAUUACAAAAAGAUAAUGAUCUUAAAGCAUCUCAUGGUGGCAUAAAGCAGUCCACUGAUGCAACUUCAAGAGACCAAGCUGGAAACCUUGGCUUCAAGAAUUCCAUCAACAUCAAACAUAACGAUGUUGCUAAUACCAACUUCGGGAUACCUAAAAAUACUGUUAUCCAAAAUUCCAACCCAAAAAGCCAUGAUGGUGUAGUUUCCUCACCGGAUUUAGGCCCCAAGGGACCACUGGUUAGUGAUGCUCAUGAAAUUCAGAAGGCAACCAGCAGUUCAGGAGUUGGCCUCCACUAUAGUUUUGGAACACCGGAUCUAGAUACCAAGUAUACGACAUUUUCUUCUGCCCUUCCACCUCAAUUCUCUUGGAACCGAGAACAUAAACCUCAGAUUGAUCCAAACAAUGUUUUCAACCAUCUGUCAUUGCCUGAUCUCGACCAAGUCCAAGUCAAUCAGAAAACUUUUCUUCCUAGCUAUCCUACACCUUUCAACAAGGAGAGAGACAAACUGACACACAUCAAAGCCAUGCCUCCGCGUGCCACAGAAUGUAUUAGUCUAAACAUCAGACAACAAAUGCCUGGAGAAAAUACAUUUGGAUUAAAUCCAGUUCAAUCAGAGUGCUCUACGACAGCCUUUAAUCCGUCUGAAUCAAUUACAAGAACUGCAUGGAGCUCAAAAGAUCAGGUUUUAGACCAUAUAUCAGUAAGUGAUCUAGAUUCAUUCAAUGGAAACUUGAUCCUUGGCAAGAAUUCUGCCUUAACAUCUUUGAAUGAGAACUUUCCGCCUUGCCUGCUUCCAGAAGAUUGUUCACCAACUUAUUUUGAAAUGCAGAACAGUGACUUCUCUGACAGUAACAACCCAGGGCUCUUACUUGAACCUUCAAUGUACUUGUACGAUUCUCUGAAAUUUGACUACGAGUACCCCUGCGACCCCAUUGAGUAUCCUGUAAUGGAUCAAGGUCUAUUCAUAGCAUGAUCACAGCUUUGAAGCUAAGUCUAAAUGAAGAAUUCUGUUGUGCUCGGUAAAGAUUGUCGUUUCUUGUUGUAAUAAAGUUGUCGAAGUGAACGCUCAUGUUUCAGACUCGAUUCAAUACUUAUGUAGGGGAAGUUUACUAAAAUCCUCAGGACUUGGGACCUGCGAGUCAAGACAGGUUAAGCAUGAAUAAGAGCACAAUCAAUUCUUACAAAAAUAUAUAUACUGCUUGUUGCUUGCACAAUGAAUUUGAAACUAAGAAACAAA